GUUCGCUGUUGUGGUGUGUGUAUCGAACUGAUCGAUCCAUCGAUUGAACUGUCUGUGUUGCACCUUACCAUUCGGGCGUGGUCUCCAAGGUAGAUUUAGGCCACCAAUCACCUCCAGUGUGUCUGUGAUGAACGCUAAUCACGCUCGCCUGGCGUGCAUCCAACUUCGACCAUCUGGGCAAUUCUGUCUGCGCCUACACACACGCAUGCACAUCUAGACAUGCAUGUGUCAACGAAUGCUUGCAUGUGCCCCUAAAUUUCUGGUACUACAUGUUCCCUGGAAUGUUAGUUUUCCUAUCUGGUUCGGGUCCUGACGGCAGCCUUUAUUUGCCUCCAAACACUGAACUAUCCAAUUUCGAAUCCGCUCGCUUGGAACCAUGCCAUCUGAAAUUUGUCCCAAAUGCCAGAAAGCUGUCUAUGCGGCUGAGAAGAAGAUUGCUGGAGGAAAGGCAUGGCACAGCAUGUGCCUGAAAUGUGGAUUGUGCAACAAGAUGUUGGACAGCACGACAGUGGCGGAACACGAGGGUGAAGUUUUUUGCAAACAGUGCCAUGGUAGGAAGUUUGGCCCCAAAGGAUACGGCUUCGGUGGUGGUGCUGGAGCACUAAACAUGGAUAGCGGAGCCCAUCUAGGAAAUGUGGGCACCGAGAUGAGCAACAAACCGACCACUGCAGGGACAGGUGGUGCUGUCAUUCCACCGGAACAAGGUGGAUGCCCACGCUGUGGAAAACGGGUGUAUGAUGCCGAAAAAGCAAUUGGCUGUCCAUCUGGGCUGAAUUUUCACAAAGCCUGCUUUCGUUGCAAAACGUGCGGUAAAUCACUCGAUUCAACCACAUUGUGCACGCAGAAAGAAGAACAGGAAAUCUACUGCAAAGGAUGCUAUGGAAAACAUUUCGGCCCGAAAGGUUUCGGAUUCGGUCAGGGCGCUGGAGUGCUCAACAUGGGCUAAAUCGUUCAUCCCACGGAUAUUUCUUCUUUUCUAAUAUCUUCGUAGCACACAUAGUAUGAAAAAAUCAAAUUGCUGGCAAAAUACCACAAGAACAAAUUCUUUUAAUCUUCUGACAAUGUUACUCACGUUUUCUGCUACUGCCAUCCUUCAAAGAUGCAUCUUGUCCGAGAAAAGACCAGAAGGAUGCCUGCUAAUAUUUUUUAUAUCUUGUAUUUCGUUCAUCAACAGACAGACACACUGACUCACGCAUCUAGACACAACUUUCAGUUUGUUCGGCUAUACCGAUCUAUCAAAUAGUGGGCAGUGUGUAAAUAUAUUUAUCAGCUUUUAAACCCGUGGCAAUUUUUUUUUCAUUUUCAAGCCAAACUGACCUCUGCUUCUGAUAAGUAAUCACGAUGAACAGCUAAAUGAACGGAUAAGGAGAACUGGAAUUCGAGAACAAGCUUUUGCUUGUAAUGAGCUGCGG